UUGCUGAAAAUAUUUCCCAGAAAACUUCAGAAAUUUCAGGACAGAAUCCCUUAUCCAACUGCAAAUCUUCAAGCCAGAAGCUAUCAAACACAACUCUUUUUGUACACUGCAGUAAAAGCUGCUGCUCAGAGGAUGGGAAACCAAAGUAAAGUUAAUUAUUUAGAAAAUACUGUAACAUGAAUGUUGUCGUCUGUCAGGAUAUGGAAGGUGCCAUGUCGGCAUCUGAGGUGUCCAAUGCUCUGGGUCUUUCUGCAUUAAAGAGCCGUACGUGGUCCAUAUUUAAAACCUCCGCUACUAAGGGAGAAGGGCUUGAUGAAGCUAUGGAAUGGUUAGUGGAUAGUCUCAAAUCAAGACAAUAAUCAACAUAGUUAUUGUAUGUUAUUUAAUGUUAUUAUCUUCUCCACUCUCCCUUCAUCCAGUGAAAUUUUUUUUUCAAACAUCAAAUCUCUAUAAUGAAGAAAAUUUUGGACUGUAACAUUUCUGCAUUGAAAAAAAAAAACAACGUUUUACAAGUUUUAACAUGUAGUUUAUCGUCAAUUCGUCAUUUUUUGGUGUUAAAUGUCAUUUAGUACUCUUUGGUUGUCUGUGUUUCAAGGUAGAGUAGACGAGUUGUUUUAUAUUUAGUUCUACUAGAUGUCUACAAAGUUUGGGAUAUUUAUGAGCAAACUUUUAUCUUGUAGUGGCUGCCAUAGGCUAAAUAGCUAUAGAGCUCUAUGGCUCUGUGUAGUUUUAAGAAACUUUCAUAUUAUUGUUCACCCAUAACUUUUUGGAGACCGGAAGGGCUUUCAGUUUCUCACUUUCUUUAUUGAGAUAAAAAUAAAUGCGCUUGAUGAUAAGUUUCCAAUACUGAUGUUUCCAUGGCAAAUAUUCCAUUGUCUCCUGAGACAAAUGGAGGCCGACCAAGUAUUGAAUGUUGAUGUUUCCAUGGAGAUGUUGAUCAGUUUGCUACUAAUCACAGAGAGUUCAGUAUUCAAUUUGGUGCUUUUUUUCAAAAAAAAUAAUAAUAAAGGGGUACGAAACAUGAAAUAGUGAGGUACAGAACAGGAAAUGGCCAUUUCCAGAAUAUAAAUAAAUGAUAUGUUGAAAAAUAUGCAAUUCAUGACUCAGUGUGAAUGUGUUUCUCUAGUAUUCCCCAGAACCUUGGUGUCAAGUAAGAAAUAGAAACAUAAAAAAACAAAUAAGAAGCAAUUUAUGAGUAUAACAUUUUCUCAUUACUGUCACAACAGCAUCACAUUAAGCUUACCUUGACACUUCACUAUCCAGUUUCAAUGGCCACCAUUAACCUGUGUCAGGUUCUCUUUUUUCACUCCUCAGCCUUCCACCAACAUUUCUCGCUUUAAGAAAAGAGUGCUUCAUCACAGGUUGGGCACUUGUCUGCUUCACAGUGUAUUCACAAUGUACAGGGGCGGAUCCAGGAUUUUUCUUGGGAGGAGGUGCACCACUAAGCAAUGGUUUAACUGACUGGUGAGGUAAACAAAUUUUAAAAGCGGAUACGAAGAAGACGGCUUCACAUCAGGGCAGGGGGUAUGCACUCCCUGUACCCUCCCCUUAGAUCCGCCCCUGAUGUACGAAGAGAAAUGUUCCACAGAAGCCUUUUUCACUGGGUUUGUUCAUCGCAAUGUGGCGGUAUUACCUUGAAAGAAUUGGGAGUCCCAUGUAAGACUAAAAACUAAAAUGAUGGGCAAAGCUGUAUCCUAUUUCAGGGUAAAACAGCUGUAAACUAGAACCUUUGGUAUGUGACAGGUGUUUUCAGCAGGACGGUUGCCUGGGAAAUAAAAUCAUUGUUAUAAAGGCUUCCCUUUGUUAACAAUAUCCCCAGCAUGUGGAUAAUGGGAUAGUUAAUAGAAUCUUAGAUUUCUAUUUUUUUUUUCCGUUGGAGUUGAUCCACCCACCAACUGCUUUGGCAGGUUAUAGCUUACUAGUAGGUAAAUGUGAAGGAUGAACAAAAACGAAAGAAAUUGUUAUCCACGGUUGAUGCGUGACACUUAUAAGCUUUCAAAAGAAAAUAAAAAUUGAAAACUGAUAACGUAGAAAAAUGUGUCAAAGUGUCAUUUCGUAAAGAAAUCAGCUCAGGUAGUUGGGAUCCGGAGUGGGUGUGGGGCAAAUUUGGAGGUCUGGGGGUGAUUACCAUUUAGCCAGAAAAUUUAGAAAUUUUGGAUGAAAGUGAAUUGAAUCAAAAAAUUCACUGAAAAUCCGUUGGCAUUUACUACCCCGAGAUGUCUUACUUUAACUGUGAGGAUCAAGUUGACUGGAGUGUGUAGUGCCAGGCCUACUCCACAUCUGUUUUGGUUUGGUCCAUGUGCUUCGACAUUCGACAUGGAUGAAGUUGUCUGGAUUUCGCGAGCAAAGCAAGAAGAGACAAGACAUAAGAAGCAAACAAGCAAGAUUCUGUUUAAUAGUGAAACCUUAAGUGAUGUCAAAUUCGUCGUUCGAACGUCCCAACAUGGAGGAAUCGACAGUAAGCGAGGCAAGAUUGUAGUUCCAGCUCACAAGUUUGUGUUAUCAAUUUGUAGUCCCGUGUUCUUUAAAAUGUUUUCCGGUGAAAUGGCUGAAACCAGCGAUCAGAUUGAUCUUCCUGACUGUGAAUACGAAGGUGUGUUUGAAUUGCUGCGUUACAUCUAUACCGAUGAAGUCUGCUUGACCGGAAAUAACGUGAUGCAAGUGUUGUAUGCAGCCGAAAAGUAUCUUAUACCUUGCCUGGUAAGAGAAUGUGUGGAAUUUCUCAAGAAGAAUCUUGAUCCAUCCAAUGUAUUUUGUGUCUUGAGACACUCACAACAGUUUAAAAAGAAGGAUCUCUUGUUUCAGUGCUGGUAUUUAAUCGACAAGAAGACAGACGAGGCGUUGAAAUCAAGUGAAUUCAUGACGAUUGAAAAAUCUCUGCUUGAACAACUUGUGGCAAGAAGUUCUUUGAACGUCAGAGAGGUGGAGUUGUUUAAGGCUGUGGAUCGCUGGGCAGAGGGAGAAUGUGAGAGGCAAAAACUUAUAGUGGAUGGGCCGGUCAAAAGGCGAAUUCUUGGGGAACUGAUUGUCAAAAAUUUACGUUUUCCAGCCAUGAGGCAGAGUGACUUCUUGGAGGUUGUUUCUGCCAGUCAGAUAUUGACAGAAGAGGAAACCAGUAACAUUGUAAACUAUUUCAGUUCCACAUUGACUUCACCAGUUGGAUUCCUGGUAUUUGAAAGAGCUGGUUCUUGUUUGCGAUGUUGCAGAUCUGAACGUGCAAACAUGAGUAGCAUCUUGCACAAUAACGGCCUUGACAGACCUUAUCUGAUCGAAGUAACCGUGGACAAGGACAUAAUGUUGUAUGGUGUUGCCUUGUUUGGCAAUAAGUACAUGUAUGCUGAUUAUUCAGUUACCUUAAACUUCUCAAACAAUGAUGAUGCCAUAUUUCUUGCAGCUAAGACUGGAGUGUUUACGUCCCUCCAUGUGAAGUUAGAGGCUGACUGUAACUGUCCCUCUUAUUAUUAUGGUUUUGACGUUUUAUUUGAUUAUCCAGUGACAUUGAAGAAAGAUGUGGAGUACUGUUUUGAGGUGGUGAUAAAUGGCCCUGAUUCUCAUGUUGAAGGUUGGGUUCUUAAUGAUGUUGAAUGUGCUGGAGUGUCAUUUACAUUCAAUUAUCCUGAAUAUGAUCCAGAGGACGAGAUACUCACGGGUCAAAUUGCAGAGGUUUUGUUUAAAGUGAAAGAAUGAUUGUCAAAAGAAACAAAGAAAAACAAACUCUUACUGGCACUUGAAAUAUACCACAUGUGCAAGCCGAAGAUUAACACAGUCAGUCUGUGAACAGGCUCCUGACUGGAGUUAUAGGGUGAAAAAAGAAAUGGCAAGCAGAGUGGAACAUGCCAAGAGUGUUCUGGAGAGGACAAAUGGCUUUGCUUGCAAAAUUUUUUCAUGUUUGCCUAGAGGAGCCAAGGUUGUCAGGAUCCUGAAUAUUGUCAGUGGUUUCUUUAUUCUGUAUUUCUUAAUGUUAUUAUCAGGACUCUUGGAUAAUGAAAGUUUAAUGACGACCUCCCCGGACAGGAAAAGACAAUCUUAAUAAAAAUACCAGACUGUGAAAAACAUUAUUGAUGAUAUUAUCAUGUAAUAACAUAAUCCCAUGAUUUGAGACUGUGUUUUGUUUUAUUUCUUGAAAUUUGGUGUCAAUUUAAUGAUUAAAUAUUAUAUUUUAAGGUUGGCCCCUGUUACAUGUUUCCUUUCCAAAUAACUAGUGACUAGUGUAAUACUGGCUCUGCACAAGUGUUGCAGUCACGGAUCUUGGGGAGGGCC